CUUUAAAUUAUGAGCAAAAAGGACAAAGAUUAUACAGGGUAACUUCUUGUUUGGUAUUCAUUUUAGAUUUCCUGGCGAUUGCAAUCAAACUUAAUUAAAGGCUUUGGCUGAUUUCAGAAACAUUGUAAAUGCUAUGGGAUUGAGUGAUAAAGUUUACGAUGAUCCAUAUCUCUUAAGAUUUCUAAGGGCAAGGAAAUUUGAUAUUAACAAAACUCAAAUAAUGUUUAAUGACUUUAUUAAAUGGCGUAAAGAAAACGAUGUUGAUAACAUUAUGGUAACAUUUAAAUAAUCUUAGACAUAUAUGUUUGAAGAAUUACCAUAAGUAAGAACCUACUAUCCUCACGGUUAUCAUAAAACAGAUAAAAUGGUAUUCAAUUUGUAAAUUAUUUAAGGGAAGACCACUCUAUAUCGAAAGAAUUGGAAUGUUAUAAUUAAAUAAACUUUUUGAAAUCACUUCAGAAUAAAGAUUGAUCAAAUAUUACAUUCAAUCAUAUGAAUUAUUACUUAAAAGGAUAUUUCCUGCAUGUUCUUAAGCAAAAGGUACAAGAAUUGAUUAAACAUUCACAAUUUUGGAUCUCAAAGGUGGAUCAAUGAAGAUGGUCUCUAAACAAGUCUAUAAUUUCAUCCAAUUAGCAUCAAAUGUUGGUUAAAAUAAUUAUCCUGAGAUAUUGGGAAAGUAAAUCUUUCAUUUAAUUUAUUAGAAUGUACAUUGUAAAUGCUCCUAUGAUGUUUACUGGUAUUUGGGCCAUGAUUAAAAUAUGGUUAGAUGAAAAGACAAAAAAUAAAAUCACAAUUUUGGGUUCAAGCUACAAAGAUGAAUUAUUGAAACACAUCGACAUUGAUAAUUUACCUGACUUUUUGGGUGGAAAUUCAAAAUGUGAAAACACAGAUGCUCUUUCCUUGAACAUAGGUCCUUGGAAUCCCGAUGGCACUAAACCACUAUUUCCAGUGGAACAACCUGCAAAAUAAGAGUAUUAUUAUUCUCAUUAAAAUAGAGAGGAGACUCAAGAAUUAAAUUAAACCUAAGAGGACGAAGAUUAAAAAUAAAAAUUUGAUUAAUUGAAAUCAGCAUUAGCAGAUAUGUAGUUUGCAUCACCAACCGAAAAAGCUCCUCAUAAUCCUAAUAAGUAUGAAGUCACAACUUAAAAUAAUCACAUGGUUAGUGAUACACCUCUUAACACAGAAGUGGUAAGAAUAUAUAGUUUUACAUUAGGGCGAAGAGGACAAUCAAUUUUCAUAAUAAUAAUAACAAUAAUUAUAAUAAUAAUUACAACAGGAUUGAUUUAGACAUUAAAC